AUGACCGACCUCACCAGUUUCAAGUCAGUAAUUGAAUAUGGUUGUACGAUGAGUGCAGACAAACUUCAUCAGUAUAUAUGUGAUCAUUCACUACGUCUGUCUGAAGCACAAAAAUGGUUAUUACAAGAGACUAGUAAACAUCCAAUGUCAAGAAUGCUUAUCUCCAGUAUAGAAAUGCAACUUCUAUCGAAUUUGUGUUAUGGGAUAAAUGCUAGAAAGACACUUGAUAUUGGAGUUUAUACUGGAUAUAGUUCGUUGUCUAUCGCUGAAGUAUUGCCACCAGAUGGACGUGUAUUAGCCUUGGAUAUUACAGAUGAAUAUUUGAAAGAGUAUUGUUUGCCAGCAUGGAAGAUGGCAGGUGUAGAAUCGAAAAUUGACUUUCGACACGGUCCAGCUAUUCAAACACUACAGAAUUUGAUUGAUAAUGGAGAGAGUGAAACAUUCGAUUUUGCCAUGAUUGAUGCUGAUAAAGAAAACUAUAGUAAUUAUUACAAAUUAUGUUUAAAACUAGUUCGACCCCGUGGAAUCAUCGCCAUUGACAAUGUUCUAUGGAGCCACCGUGUGCUCGACCCGAAUGAUAACUGUCCUCAAACUGUUGGCAUAAGAGAAAUGAAUGAAUUGAUAGCUGAAGAUAAGAGUAUACGAGUUUCUCUCUUAAGAACUGGAGAUGGAUUGACAAUUGUUGUGAAGAAAUGA